GGAAACGAACAAGGCAAAUAAAAAUGUCAACAUACGAACCUCUCCGCCUGGUUUCAUACUUUAAAACAUUGAAGUAACAUUUUAGUAAGGAGAUAUUUCUCUGUUGUUGUUCUUAAAUGAAGCAGCAACAAUUACAUUGGAUUUGACUUAACUGGAUUCAGAUUUUAUAACCAUAGAAGUUUAGCCUAAGUCGAGAAAGCAGCCAUGUCGAACACGAAAUUUAACAGAGAAGCAGAAGUAUACACGAAAAAGAUAGACUCCCAAAAUGAUGAUGAGAUGAAGGCCUUAAAAAAAGAAUUAGAUGAGGUAUUCAAGCCACUCUUUAUCAAAAACGACAACAACCUGUCUCUAGUGAAGCUCAAGGAAGAACUCAAGGAGAGCGGGCUGCUAGCGAACAUCCGAGAAGAACGAAUUGAUAAGCUGUUAAAUGAUGCGGACAGGAACAAGGAUCAGAAGUUGAGCUAUUUCGAAUUUAGUAAGAUGUUCAUGUAUCAAUUGACCAAGAAGGAGCGAGAGUCAUUUCGGCGCGUCAUGAAGUCGGCCCUAGCGACCAUCAUACCCGUCAACAAGCGGGAGGAUUUCAUCGCCAACUACACAUGUUGUCCCCCGCCGAUAUUCAUCCCACUUAUCAGUAUUGUCGAGAUCGCUGUGUUCGUGUACUACGUGCUCGACAUGAAGAAACGAGGGUUUGAAACAACAGCGACCAGCGGCGUCCCCAUGUACAGCCCCCUUAUAUACCUCGCCAACCGACGCUAUGAGGCGUGGAGAUUUCUCUCCUACAUGCUCAUACACAAUGGGUAUUUGCACAUUACUUCUAAUGUCGUGAUUCAAAUGCUGUUUGGUCUACCGUUGGAAAUGAUCCAUAAGUGGUGGAGGGUCGCGAUUCUCUAUUUCCUAGGAGGUAUUACAGGUUGUCUGGCCAACUCUGUCGCCGACCUGAGGGUCAACCUGGCGGGUGCAAGUGGUGGUGUGUACGCUCUGAUUGGUGCUCAUAUUGCUGCCAUUAUUAUCAACUGGAGCGAGAUGAACUACCAUGCGAUGGAUAUAACCAACAGUAAGAAGAAGGUGUGUAUCAGCAUACUCCGAUUGGUACUCUGCGCACCUUUUAGGCUGGCUGCUAUAUUCGUAAUUGUUGUACCUGACACCGGUUUGGCCCUCUACCGGCGCUUCUCAGCGCCCGCCUCUAACAGAACUGGCGUCAUAGCCCACAUUGGGGGGCUCCAGACAGGUUUGCUUUUAGGCAUUUUAGUGCUGAAAAACUUGAACACUUCGACCUGGGAACGGUACCUUGGCUGGUUAUUUCUGUUGGCAUUUCUAUGCUUCUUCGUCUUUUGUUGUUUGGUGAACGGCUUCAUCAAGGAAUAUCCAGUUACCGACUGGAGCCCUUUGCAGUACUUUUAAUGAAGGAUAGCCUUCAAGCAUGAAGGCGACGCACGGUCAAGGCUGUUUGUGAAUCUCCUAGAGACUGGCUUGGUGGUGGGUUUCAAACAUCCCUUGACCCUAGCUUGUGUCUGAAGGGAAGAUGAGCUUGUUUAAUCAUUAACCCCUAAGAUGUCGCACAAUUAGAUUAACCCGUAGCGGACAAAAUAUUUCGAUCAACACUC